AUGAAAGCCUCUCUCCUCCUCCCUAUCGCCUUCUUCGCGGUUCGAGUCCUGGCGGAUGUUCCCCCGGCCUGUCUGUUGAGUGCAGUCAAUACCCAAGACGAACCUAGUGAUCUAGCCUCCCUGUGUGGCAGCGAUGCUGAAGAUGUCCAAGAAGCUAUUGCCAGCCUGUGCGGUAACAACGCUUCAGUAGCACAAUCCGCAUUUGUCUCCACCUGCUCUGCUGCUGGUUCUUCCGUGGCUCCCUAUACAGCUACCGGUACCUCAUCCGCAACGGGAACUGCUACGACGACCGGCUCCUCCGCAACACAAACCUCAAAUGCUUCAGGCUCUGGUGCCUCGGCCUCUAACACAGCUGGUGGAGCAUCCGCCACUGGCAACGCUGCUGCCGACGUUAAGCAAGUGGGUAGCUUCGCUGCAGCUGCAAUCGCCAUUGCAGGUGUGGUCGCCGUUUUGUAA